CUUCGGUCACUCCUUUCUCUCUUCUUCCUUCCAUCGGCGAAGAAGCGGGUGGCGCGAGGCCUCCACCGCGCUGCCCCCUCCCUCCGGUCCGAUCUCCCUGCUUCGUCCCUCUCCGGGAGAUCGGGCUCUUCCGCUCUUCGUUCGCCGAUCCCGUCUAAUAUGCCCUCCGUCGUCGCCAAGUCCUAUUUUCCUAGGACGUUGAUUGAUGAGGAUGGAGACGGGAUCGGAAACGGAAGCGGCAAGACGCAUCUCUACUUGAACAUUUACGAUAUCUCGCCGGUGAAUAAGUACCUAUAUUAUUUGGGGAUCGGUAUCUUCCAUUCUGGGAUUGAAGUUCAUGGCAUGGAAUAUGGAUUCGGAGCACAUGAUUUUUCGAUGAGCGGGGUAUUUGAAGUGGAGCCAAAAAGCUGUCCUGGAUUCAUCUUCAGACGAUCUGUGUGGCUGGGCACCACGAACAUUUCUCGCUCAGAAUUUCGCUUAUUUAUGGAAGAUCUUUCUGAAAAGUACUAUGGUGAUACCUACCAUUUGAUGGACAAGAACUGCAACCAUUUUACAGAGGAAGUAAGCAUGCAGCUGAUAGGGAAGCCAAUUCCAGGAUGGGUGAAUAGACUAGCUAACAUUGGCUCAUUCGGCAGCUGUAUUUUACCAGAACACAUCCGUAUCGAAACAGUCAGAGACCUACCACCUCGUCCAUCUUCUUCAGAUGGUUCGGACAUAUUUGAUUUGUCAUGCCUACAGGGAUUGGACAGAGAGAAUCAGACCAUCAAUGUUUCAUGAAACCAAACAAUGCCUUUGUGCAUUCGAAUGAUAAGCCGCCAAAGAUUUGCUAGAGAAAACCUUUUAUUGCAUUUGACAUUGCUAAAAGAAUUGCCUCAUUAUCCCUGUGCACUGUAAAUGUUAACCUUUUCUGAUACGUGAACAUGAAGUAUUGUCAUAGAUGGCUUGUUCAAUUUUGUGU